UUUUUUUUUGCGAAGAUGAACAUAGGUAGCAUCAUCCUGGCGUGCACCUUGUUCGCCGCAGCAUCCUCGGGGAGAAAGAUGGGCCUGUCCGUAAAACCUCCAUGCAGGUCAGGCUUCUCCCAGAACUUCUACAUCGUGAUAGUUCCCAGGGUUGUGCUGCACGGCCAGAACCUUCUCAAAGUGAAGUUUGAAGACUGCCAGCACAGCAGAGAGGUGGGGUUUGUUAGUAGCGACCCCAACUUCAGUGUGAGGCCUGAUGGGGCCGUGUAUGCUGAGCAGGAGUUUGGAAACCUUUCGGAACCCGUCCAAUUCAUGGUGACUGCCCAGGAGCUCUUUGACCCACACAUCUGGGAGACCACUGUUAAGCUCGCACCAGCUGGACAUCCCCACCCUUUACCCCUGACAAAGGUCGACAUUGAAGAAAUGCUAUCAAGAGUGUUGGACUCCCAACCCCGAGUCAUCAAGUUUCCCCGAAAACAUCAGAGAAGCUCCUAUGGUAAUGGGCUGAGGCGACAGAAGAGAGACUGGGUCAUUCCACCCAUUAAUGUACCUGAGAACUCCCGAGGCCCCUUUCCUCAUAUGCUUGUCAGAAUUCGCUCAGACCAGGACAAAGAUGUUGGCAUCCGCUACAGCAUCACUGGGGCAGGUGCUGAUCAGCCCCCUAGUGGCAUAUACAACAUAGACCCCAUCAGCGGCAACAUGUUUGUCACCCAACCCCUGGACAGAGAGGAGAGAGCCUCCUUCCAUCUGCGAGCCCAUGCAGUGGACAUGAAUGGCAAUCAGGUGGAGAAUCCAAUUGAUUUGUACAUCUAUGUGAUUGACAUGAAUGACAACAGACCCGAGUUUAAGAAUCAGGUGUACAAUGGCUCUGUGGCUGAAGGAUCCAAGCCAGGCUCAUCUGUUAUGCAAGUGACAGCCGGUGACUCAGAUGACUCCACCACAGCUAACGGCAUGGUUCGCUACCGUAUUCUCUCGCAGGCACCCCACAGCCCCAUCCCCAACAUGUUCACCAUCAACAGCGAGACUGGAGACAUUGUUACAGUUGCAGCUGGUCUGGACCGAGAGAAAGUCUCCCAGUACACCAUUAUUGUCCAGGCCACCGACAUGGAGGGAAACCUAAACUUCGGAUUGUCUAACACAGCCACAGCCCUAAUCUCCAUUACCGACAUCAAUGACAAUCCCCCAGAACUGACUGUCAGGACGUUUUCUGGAGAGGUGCCAGAGAACAAGGUGAAUGUGGUCGUGGCCAACCUGACGGUGGUGGACAGGGAUCAGCCACAUAGUCCCAACUGGAACGCAGUGUACCGCAUUAUGAGCGGAGACCCCUCUGGACAUUUCACCAUCCGCACAAACCCCAUCACUAAUGAGGGCAUGCUGACUGUAAUAAAGGCAGUGGAUUUCGAGAUGAACCGGGCCUUCAUGUUGACCGUGGUGGUGUCCAACCAAGCCCACUUGGCCAGUGGCAUUCAGUCAUCACUUCAGUCCACAGCUGGAGUCACCAUCUCAGUUCAGGAUGUGAAUGAGCCUCCUGUCUUUCCCGUUAACCCCAAAAUGAUUCGCUUCGAGGAGGGUGUUCCGGCAGGGACAACCCUUACGGUCUUUUCUGCUCAGGACCCGGACCACUUUGUACAUCAGAUUGUCAGGUACUCGAAGCUAUCAGAUCCCGCUAACUGGCUGAGGAUCAACAGGACCAAUGGUCAGAUCACUACAAUGGCCCUACUUGACCGAGAAUCCAUGUACGUCAAAAACAACAUAUAUGAGGCCACAUUUCUGGCCUUCGACAAUGGUAAGUCUGGUUCACCUCAAGCCAGCGGUACAGGAACUCUCCAGAUCUACUUGAUCGAUGUGAACGACAACCCCCCAGUGCUGAUACCCAAGGAGGCCCAAGUGUGUCAACGGGCACGCCCCAACUCUAGGAUUAAUAUCACGGCUUCAGACGCUGACUCUGACCCCAAUGUGGGACCGUUUGGUUUUGAGCUACCUUCCUUUCCUCCUAGUUUGCGCCACAAUUGGACCAUUUCCAGACUCAGCGGUGACCAUGCUCAGCUGAGGUUAAAGAUUCCUUACUUGGAAGCUGGCGUGUACGAGAUUCCCAUUACUGUGUCUGAUUCUGGGAACCCGCAACAGUCUAACCGCUCCUUGAUCCGAAUCAAAGUGUGUCCUUGUGAUGACAAUGGGGACUGCAGUGCCACGGGGGCUGUAGCGGCCGUCGGCCUCGGCACAGGGGCCAUCAUCGCCAUACUCAUCUGUAUAAUUGCACUACUCAGCAUGGUUCUCCUGUUUGUGGUGUGGAUGAAGCGCAGAGAGAAGGAGAAGCAGGCAAAGCCACUGCUGAUCGACCCUGAAGACGAUGUCAGAGACAAUAUCCUCAAAUAUGAUGAGGAAGGCGGAGGAGAGGAGGAUCAGGACUAUGACCUGAGCCAGCUCCAGCAGCCAGAGACUUUGGACCACAUCAUCAAUAAGCCAGCAGGAGUACGCAGAGUGGAUGAGAGGCCUAUUAUCCCUGAGUCGCAGUAUCCCGUCAGACCCAGUCUCCCCCACCCCGGAGAUAUAGGAGAUUUCAUUCAUGAUGGCCUUCGGGCAGCAGACAAUGACCCCACAGCUCCUCCCUAUGAUUCCCUGCUGGUGUUCGACUACGAAGGCAACGGUUCAACUGCCGGAUCAGUCAGCUCACUCAACUCCACCAGCUCGGGGGACCAGGACUACGACUACCUCAACGACUGGGGCCCUCGCUUCAAGAAGCUGGCUGACCUCUAUGGGGGAGGGGACGAUGACUGAACGGAAGGAGGAGAUGGGGUGGGCGGGGACGGCUUGCGCGAGGGUGGGAUGGUUCAUUGGGGUCGUGCCAGGAGUCAGGAGAGGUGGGUCAUUUGGAUGUCUGUCCAAGAAAGCACGGGUAGAAGCCAGGGACAUGACCCAGUCUCUACGGUAGACGUGUGAGGAGUGGACCCUUACAUGGGCUGAAAAUGCUCACUGGAAGUCUGGAAAAAAUGAAUUCCACUGCAACUGUAUUCUGGCUUUAUACUUUUCAAUGGCAAUUUUGUUGGGUGAUAUUCUUUUUUCGUCGUUGUUCUCUCACCGUGCUGGACCCCGAACCCCCUGGGGACAAAUCAAGGCGGUAGUGAGAGGCACACUUACUGAAAUUAUGCUCUGGUUUAUUGUUUAAAAGAAUACCAUGUCUUGCUUUAGUCUCACACUGAAGAGAAUGUUUCUGAGAAGAUGCCCUGUGACUCUUACUCUCUCCACUUGAAUUUCCUUAGAACAGAAGCACUGUCAUUUUAUAAAGUGCCUUUUGUGGUGUGGUUUUUGUAUCAGACUCCUGCUAUCUCAGGAUCGGUUGCCAUUCAUGCAGUACAGGGAAGGUCUGUCAUUGCCUCCCCUUCUUCCCCUCAAACUGACCUUGCCUUUCACUCCCCCCCCCCCCCCCCACCCUCCCCGACCCCCUCCCCUUCAGCAUUGUCCAGGAGGGAAAGGCACAACCAGGGCACACUUAUCACGCUCACGUGAAAUAUGGCCCUAAAUUAAUGAGGACGAACUUCUUCUCCAAGGAUCUGUUCGGUUUAUUGGUCACAAACACCACCUGUUGACACAAACACGGGGCCUAAUUGGUAUUGUGUGGUAUCAUUUUUAUACUCAUUUGGGAUUUGUAAAUUGGUGGAGAAUGCCUGCCUUUUCUCUGUUGAUUCACGAAUAUAGGCAGCCUUGAUGUUGAGCUGCUUGCCUGCCCUGUAUGGUUGUUGUGUUGCUUUCUCCACAGUGUAAAGCUUCUGUAGGCAUGAUCUAAAGAAAGCAGGAACUUAAAAAGACUCAGAAUCAAGGCCUCUGACAAGUCCUGAAACAUUAUUGAUACCUUUAACAUUCCCGUUUUUUACAGUCCAACAACAGUAUUGAAAGGUGCAUGAUUUUCUUUUCCAAGUUUUCUUCAAAUCACUUGUUAGUAUGUGGUGAGAAUGUAAAAAUAGUCAGCAGAAACUGUAAAGAUAUACUCUGUAUAAAGACACUAAGA